AUGUCUCUAAAACAUCUCUUGAACGAUGAGGACAUCGACAGCACAUAUUCCUCAACCCGGGCGGCGUUGAGCUCGAACGAUUCCGAAGUCUACAAUGAUCAGACUUGGGAUCCAUACUUCGGCCAACUUUGGGGCUCGGACACUCUACAGGGCGAACUUACUCAACAACCCAAUGAGUUCGACAUCGAUCCGGAGUUGUUAAAAGACGUGCAGAGUCAAAUUCAUCAGUGGGCGGCUGGUGAUUUCUUACAGCAUCAUGUAGAGGAAAAGGCUCCCAUCGAGUCGCGUCACAUAUGUUAUGGAACAAUCUUUCGGGUAGCAGUCAGGCUUCGUGGUCUUAUGGCAGAACUCGACAACAGGUUGAAGAUAGGAACCCCGAGCCCUAUUCAAGGCCACCUACAGAUGAAACUCAUCCAAUUCGAGUCACAAUUUCUUGUUACUUUUGUCGAUGGAUCCACGCUUGGGGAAGUGAAUGUGCAACUACAAAAAGCACUGACCAGAAUCAUCGAACAGCGAUAUGAACUGGACUUCGAGGUAUUUGCUCCCGUCAGAGCUAUUCGGGAAACGAUCAGCAGGACAACAAAGGCCAAGGACGCCAUAGUUCGCGUUCAGAUCAAUAUUUAUGGGCCUCAAGUCUGUUCUCAAGGAGUGGGGCAAGAGCUAUCUCAGCAAAAAGUCUACCUACAACGCCCCGAUUACAUUCGAACAGGUGCCAUAUACGACAAUCCCCAUGUCUUGAAGCUCGCAGACUUCCAGCUGUCGAAUGUGCAAGCUGAUUGGCCAGCCGAAGGGAAGAUAACAGGAGAAUAUGUUCCGGAAACGCUAAAAGAGACCAUGAUGGAUGUUUAUUCAUUACUUACUCGUAGUCAAUGCAUCAAAGGGUUGGAAGGAGAUAAGUGUCUAAGAACUCAUCUGUUACCACAUCAGGAGAAAGCGCUCGAAUUCAUGAUCCAACGUGAAGAUGGGCCAAUACCAGAUGACUUCCGACUUUGGAUGCCGACUGAGUUAGAUGGACACCCCUGUUAUCGACACGCUGUUACAAACACAACAUCUACACUUGACCAGCCUGAGACUGGGGGUGGGAUCCUUGCUGAUGAGAUGGGCAUGGGCAAAUCUCUCUCUAUCCUGGCUUUGACCAUGCGAACACUUGACGCCGCCCACAAAUGGGCCAUACAACCCGAUGCGCAAGUUCAGGAGAUUUCAACGGACUGGGGGCGUAGAUGCCGGUCAAAAUCGACCCUCAUCGUAGCCUCCUCAGAUCUCAUGAUCAAUGAGUGGUUUAAAGAAAUCCACGAGCACUUUCAUCCUGAUACCAUGGACCGGCUCAAGACUAUUAAGUACCAUGGUCAGGAUCGGAAAGAUCUCUUGACGAAGCUUCACGAUACCGAUAUAAUCAUCACCACAUAUCACACGCUUGCGUCCGAAUUUUCGGGAUCGAAGAAUCCGUUGAAUGAGAUCGAGUGGUUCAGAUUGGUGUUGGAUGAAGCCCACAUAAUUCGUCGACAGUCCACAGUUUUCUAUCGAACUGUUGCUGAACUCACUGCAAGGUCACGAUGGUGUUUGACCGGCACCCCAAUACAAAAUCGACUGGAGGAUAUUGGCUCAUUAUUCGCCUUCUUAAGAGUCAAUCCAUUCCACAAUAUUUCUACUUUCCGGAAAUACGUCGCCCUUCCCUUUGAGGAACGCGGCAAACGUCGACAGCUUGCAAUUGAGCGCUUCACAAAACUUUUGGACUCUCUAUGCCUUCGCCGCACCAAAGAGUUGCUUCAUUUACCUGACCAACAGCAUCGCAUUCGCAAUGUAGAGCUUUCGCCGGAAGAACGAGUCCAAUAUGACCAAACAAAGAGUAUCAUGUUUCGAGCGGUGCGAAAUCAAGUUGGUGUGUUCGAUCAGAAAAGUACUCUGGGGAUGUUCCAGAUUCAACUUCAGCUACGCAUUCUUUGCAAUCAUGGAACAUGGCAACAGCCAUUCUCAUGGAAUCGUCACAAGUUACACCUUCUGGACGAACGAGAAGCUAUGGAAGCUUCACUGGGCAGGGAAGGUGAAGUGACUUGCUCCGCAUGUCGGCAAACGAUGCCACUACUCGGGGUUGGAUUAAUGUACAAGCGAUACAGCGAGCAUUGUCGACACAUUCUGUGUCUCGAAUGUAUCGAGCAAAGUAUGCCACCAGGUCAAGAAAGCUUACCAGCACACUGCCCGUUGUGCUCUCCGCUGUGGGCGACACCAACACAGAUGCAACCCGCGAAGCAUGCAUCGCAGGAGGAUCUCUACUUUCGCUCAGAUGGGCAAUCCUCCAAAAUGGAUGCUCUCAUGGCUGAUGUGUUGGCCGAUGUUUGGACGAGCAAGAGCAUCAUCUUCACCUGCUGGACACGAACCAUCGAUCUCGUCCAACUCUACCUCCGCAAAGCAUCUCUUGGACCGCAAAACUCCAAGCGCAUCGACGGGGAAUGUUCAACAGGCAAACGUCAGAGUAUCCUGGAUGAAUUUGCCAACGAUCCUCAACUGCGAGUUCUAGUGAUGACGACAGGUACUGGAGCUGUUGGGCUGAACCUUGCAACUGCAAAUCGUGUCUUCAUUGUAGAGCCUCAGUGGAACCCUUCCGUAGAAAAUCAAGCCAUAGCUCGCGCCUUGCGUAUUGGUCAAAAGCAGCCUGUAUUGGUUACUCGAUACGUCGUGGAGAAGACUGUUGAACAAGAAAUGCGCACAUUGCAAGAUACCAAGAUGGAAAGAGCCAAUCUGGUCAAGAGUGGAUAA